AAUUAAAAACGCUGCGCCUCCACUCACCGGCUCCUAAAGAACUCGGGGGGCGUUAAGACCCAGCAGAGGUACAACAGUGAACAUCUGUCGCGGUCUCCUCUGUAUGAAUUGCGCUUGGGCUCCAGUCUGAAGACACACGGGCAGAGGCAAGCGGGCUGGUACGGCGCGGACGGACUGGAGUGCAUUCGGGAGGCGAGCAGAUGACGCUGGACCAUGAGUGAAAGUGGAGCCUUACGCACUGAACCGCAGCGAUAAGACAGCGCGCCGCAAAAUGAAGACACCUAUGCGCCAUGGGGUAGCCGUGCUUCUCGUGCUUCUCCUGUGCGCCAGCUUGUUCCUCGUGUACAACGGCAGCUUCAACGGCGCUUCCAGAGACGCCAACGACACGCGCAUCAGGCAGCAUGAACAGCUGCGGCGGCCCACCGAAGCCUCCGUCGGGUUCGCCAAACCUCACCCCCCGGUCCUCCAGGGAUACAACAGCAUCAUCGACCAUAAGCCUCUCAGGAUGCACUGCCACACCUGCGCCCUGGUGACUAGCUCAGGUCACCUCAUUGGAGGCGGUCGGGGUGAAGAGAUCGACCGGGCCGAGUGCGUGAUCCGCAUGAACGACGCUCCCACCGCCAGAGGUUACGCCCAUGACGUCGGUCGCCGCACCUCCCUGCGUGUCAUAGCACACUCCAGCAUGCAGCGGGUCUUGCGGAGUCGCAACGAACUGCUCAACGCCAGCCAGGACACAGUAUUUAUCUUCUGGGGCCCCAGCAACUACAUGAGGCAUGAUGGGAAGGGCCUAGUGUACAACAACCUGAGGCUCAUGAAAGAGGUGCUGCCCAAGCUCAAAGUCUACAUGAUCUCCUGGCAGAAGAUGCUCCAGUUUGAUGAACUCUUCAAGAAGGAGACCGGCAAGGACAGGAAAAUAUCGAAGACCUGGCUGAGCACCGGCUGGUUCACUAUGACCAUCGCCCUGGAGCUGUGCGAUAGGAUCAAUGUCUAUGGCAUGGUGGCGCCUGACUUCUGCAGGGAGCCUCAGAACCACUCUGUCCCCUAUCACUACUAUGAGCCACGUGGCCCAGAUGAGUGCGCUAUGUACAUUUCUCACGAGCGUGGGCGACGGGGCAGUCACCACCGCUUUAUAACAGAGAAGCGCGUCUUCGCCAACUGGGCACGGACAUUUGACAUCCAUUUCUACCAGCCGGACUGGAGCCCCCCGCCUCUCCCAGCCAACCGGACGCUUGAGGGGACAGUCACUGCAGCUCCGCUGAAGACGUGACUUUUGUGGGGUUAAAGAAAAUGCUUUAGAAAUUUGUGUAAGGACUGUAAAGAUUUGCAUUCAGGGGUUGCGGCACCCUUGAAACAACGAAUAAAACAUGAAGGAAAAUUAGUCAUUACAGAUGAAAACAGAUGCAGCUCCAGCAGUGUUUUGUUUACUGUGGUGAACCAAUUCAAACUUGAACAACCCUCACUGAAAGCCUUGUAAAGUGAGGUAAUACAAGAAGGCAACAUCAUUACACACUCUGCUCAUGAUGCAUGCAUGCAAUGUCUUACUGUGGACUCUCUAGCUCGUCGUGCAUAUGUGUGUGUGUAUGCAUAUGUUUACUAGAGGGAUCACAGGGGAUAUAAACUUGAGUCUGGUCUAUCGACAAAGUCACUGUUGAAUCAAGGAUCUGUGCAGGAUUCACUGCAGGAUUCGUGGAAAGAAAAAUACCAUUAGAAUGUUUUGAAAUCUUGCUACUGGAGGCAGUGCAAGGUGAAUACAAAUAGUGGUGUAGCUCGAGUUAAAUUUGGCUAUUUGAAAGUGCGAACAAUCACUGUUCAGGUGUGAUAUUCCUCUGCAUUUUUCAAAGAUUGGGGAGGUCAAGUUGAAUGAGAUUUGUUAGACCUCCCAUGUCACACAACAAAGGCUCAGACACCUUCAAAGCAUUUUUAUAAAUCACUUCCCUGACUUUCAUUUAGGCUGCCUUUCAGAUGUGUGCAUUAUGAGCUCACCCUAACUCAAACGUCUCGAUGUCGCACAGUCUGGCUGAAUGACAAGCGUGUACUGGUUUUAUCCUGUGCGUAUGUGUGUGUGUGCACCUCCUCUGGUCCCAGAUGUAUGUAUCAUAAGGCUUUGUUGGCUCCUGUCACCAGUUAAUAGUGAGAUCAUAUAGCUACCAGCUGGGUGUAAAUGCACAACCAUGUCACACAAGCCAGGUAGGAGAUUAGGAUCGAGGGCAGGGAUGCAGCAGCAGCUAUCCAUCCGACUGUGUAUCUGCUGCCAGGUCUGAAAGCCCAAAUCAACAAGCAGGAGAAUUACACCGUUUCAAUGAAUGCUGGGUUUUCUUCUUACUUUUUUUUUUUUUAAAUUAAACUGGUGAGUAUGUAAUAUGUCUCUCUCUUGUUCUCAUUUACAUACAUAUACACUCUCCUCUUGUUUAAUACAAUAUAUAGUACGUGUAGACUCCCGCUCGUGAUUUUCUUUCCCUCCUUUCUUGAUCCAUGAAUAAGAAUCUGGAGUCGAUCAAAAGCGAUGAGAUGUGGGGUUAUCUUAAUGAUACAUCCUGGUGCAAAGUCCCUAUUGAUUUUACUCUCAUCUCUGUAAUGUGAGUAAUGAGAGCAGAGAUGCCGUGGGUCAGAUACAUGGGUGCUUGCACCAUGAGGGCAUGUUUCACAGUACAUUUCCUCGGCGGAGACAAAGACACAACUGCUUCUCAUACAUCAUGAACAGCUGCUGCAGUGUCUGCGGUAUGCUGCCAGGCUGAGAGUGCUUCUAACUUUGUACUGCAGCGAGAAUCUGGAUUUUUUUUUUCUUUUCCCGAGAGACGUGCACUCAUCCAUCAAUGACAGUGUGUUAUUUGUGUCUAUUAGCAAUAUGGUAAGUAGUUGAAUAUUUUUAUUUUUUGCCUAAUUAAACAAAUCAUGCUGUGUAGGUUUGCAAAUCCUCACUCUUUGCAUUAUAGAUGAUCACUUUGGUUUAGAAAAUGCAAGAAAACAGUGAAAAAUGCUCAUCUAAAUUACCCAGGCUACCGUGAUAUUUCCUGAUUGUUCAAAAUCUGAAGAUUUUUAUCAAACAGCGAGAAAAUCCUGAGAAAGAAGUAAAUCUCCACCAGUGGUAUUUUUGAUAUCUUUGCUUCAUAAAUAACUUAAAUACUUUGACACUUUGGAAGAUCUGAUUAUUCCCUUUCUUGCAGAGAGUUAGAUGAAAAGACUGUUACCUCUCUCAUGGCUGUAGCCGGUUAGCGUAGCACAAGCUGAAAGUUAAAUGUAAAAAGAAAAUAAUACUAAUAAAAGCCAUCUGCGCUACUAUUUGUUUUGUGGUAGUCAAAUGAAACAUACAGAAGCAAGUCUCAACAGUAUCCUCACUCCCCCUGUAUAAGCAUGAAUGGACUCAAUCUUGUUGUCUGUAAAAUCUGUUGUUAGUUUUAUGUUGACCAGUUGACUAAUCGUUUGAGAACUCAGUAAAGCACCAUUUAUCAGUAGCUUUGUGGUAAACAAAGUGGUGUAAGACAGAGGUGAAAAUGCAGGGGGAAAUAAUUUGAAUGUAACUUCUGUACUUGUGUUCAACAGUGACCAGGAGGGAAAGAUGAUGUAUGUAGGCUGUGUGGAGGCGAGAGAGCCAGUGAUUCACCUUCACCCUUGAGUGACGGCAGCUGCCAUUUUCACUUUUCAAUCUUGUUCUUCCUGUCUGGUUGUGACAUCAGGCUGUGUCAUACUGAAAUAAUAAUGAAACACGGGACUAGCUACAAGGCUCUCUCAUUACUCCCCAGAGCUACAAAUAGAUUCUUGACCAUGUUCAUAACCGAGUGUGGGAGCAUUUUUUUGUAUUUGAAAAUUGCACUGUACUGCCAUCUCAUAGAAGAUGAGGAAUAUAAAUCAAGCUGACAAAGAAAGGGGAAUUCAAAUAUGCAGUAAAAGGACAAUUUAGUUAUUAGACUGUGGAGCUUUUACCAGAUCAAUAAAAUCUACUUAAUUCAUACUGGGAUGAUUAAAGGCUCAUUGCAUUCUCUAAUAGUCAGAAAUACUAACAUAGCAGGGCUGUAAUUAAAAAUCUUCAUCUGAAGUCAGAUGCUAUAAAGUUGUUUUGUGACUAAACAGGGUAUGCAGGCUUUUAGAUUGUUUUAUAUCAUAUAGAACAAGAAGCACCCGGAGAGUGCAAACCUCUGCCAACACAGCUUUCUCUCUGGGCAGGGUCUACUUUUAAAGGAAUCCUAUUAAAUUUUGGAUAUAUUUAUUUUGUUUUCUUUUUUCCUUUUAAAUGUACUUUAAAAUGGAGUGGGUGUAAAAUUUAUUGUUUGUAGUGCAGUAAAAAAUACACGUUAUGGGGUCAACUUGAAAGAAAGGCAGAUGUGAAAUGUGAAAGUGGGAUCAGAGGUCGUUAUAUAGGACAUUAUUUGGAUAUUUUAAUGCGAGCUGUAAUGUGAUAUUUAGAAUCCCCAUAUAUCAUUCCCCUAUACGCCUGUAUGUUGUCACUACGAAUAAUGGCAGUAAGAAACAUAUGUUUAAAUAGCUCUGUAUGGCAUUAUUAUCACUUUGAACAGUCUUAAAGGACAGAUCAAAGGUCAAUUGAGCACUUACAUUUUAAAUCUUUAUGAGGUACUUUAUGUUUGCUGAAAAUACACACCACACUUGAUUUCUAAUUUUUAAGGAUUUUUGUUCAUUUUUGACCAAUAAAUCAUUAAGCUGGCCUCAAAAUUAUGUAUUGAUAUAUGUAGCGUACAUUUUAAGUGAUCCGUAACAUGACAGUACUCUAAACGCCUACAAAGUUUUAUCAAAAUUCCUUCAAAACUUUUAAAGCUGUUGUGUUUACAGACAGAAUGACACGCAUGCAUGCAAACACUAUCAAGCUUUUGAUCUUCAAAAAUUAAAUUGGGGUUCUAUUUUGAAAAUCACAUCGUAUUAAUGAGUCUUACUGUAAUACACCAAAUCUCCAUCUCUGUCUGUCCGGGAACUCCUCCUACACAAUACAGAGUUGAGCUUCCAAACUUGGCACACAGGUCCACCUUAAGCCUAGCAAACACCUAUCCAUCCAUCUACCUUUCCAUCCAUCCUCUUCCGCUUAUCCUCAUUAGGCUCGCGGGGGGUCGGAUCCUAUCCCAACUGUAGCAACCACCUAACAACAACUAAAUUCACGAGCCUUUUAUGCUGAAAUAGGGAUUUUAAAGCAUCCUGUUGAAGUCCUAUAACUAGUAAGUUAGGUCAUUAUUAAGAUUGUCAUUCUAAUAUGUAUGAGGGCUUGUAGUUUGAACAUUUCUCAUACAUGAGUAUAAAAAUUACAUACACACAAAAAACACUGGUCUUUCAUUAAGAAACUGAGGGCCUUUAUAUUGAAAGUCAGAUAUUUCUCAGCAUUGUGAUAAUGUUGUAAAAUUUAAUCAUUUUUAUUUUGAAAUACCGGCAGAAGCAGCUUUAAAUUGUGAAUGGCAUCUUAAAUAGUUGCUGAUUUGCCUUUAAACUACAAACAGCCUGACUUAUAAAUUCAGUCUUGUUUUCCUCUUACUAUGUCUAUACUAAAAACCUCAGACAGAUGGAUUAAUUGGUUUAAAUGUUUUGAAUAUGACAAACGAGCUCGUUAUCAUACUGAUUGAACAGUUUUUCUGAGACAAACUGUGCAGGAUUAUAGUUUUAAUAAAAACUAUAGUAUAAAAACAAUAAAGACUUCACCUGACAAUGUAAAGCGGGAUUUUUUUUUAUUUGCAACAACUCCAACAAUGAAACUUUAAACUGAAAUGAACAUAUCACAGAAAACCAGCAGGGAUGUCAUGGCCUUAAAAUGUGCCACUAAUCCUUUUCAGUACAUCCCAGCAGUAUUUAUCAAUUCCUAAUUAACACGACCCAGAUACACGACAGAAAAGGCUAGAAGAAUGGACAAAUUAAAAAUAACGGAUUUGGGUCUAUUGAAGUUUUUUGGUUUGGUUGGGCUACUGAUGUAUGACAAUGCAUAUUAGAGCUAUUACAGAAUAAAAAGAAAAUUAUGGAGCUCUGGGAUGGGGGUAAUAAUUUGACAAAUUUCUGAUAUUAAAGUCGUAAAUUUAUAUUAAAAAAAAAAACCUUCAAAACUACUGAGACAAUAAAGCCAAAACUUAGCGAGGAAAAAGUCAUGAAAGUUAUUACAGAAUGUCAUGCACGUUCAUUAGUGAGGAAGCUAAUGAGUCUGUAUGCACAUGAUAAAAGAGCAGGGACUACAUAGACAUAUAUAGGGCUACAAAUCCCUCCACAUCAUGCAUAAACUGAGUCUGCUCAUCCAGAUGUCUAUCUUGACAUUCAUUGCGAGCAUCAAGUUAAAUGUGAUAUUUGUGCAUAUUUGUGUAGCUAUAGUAUGUUAUAGCUGUUAUAGCAGUUUAAAAAGUUCUGCAUCUGGAUCUAGUUUUGGAUCAACUCCAAAAGCUAAUCAUCUUCAAGUUGGACCAAGCCCCCGCCUCUGGUAAAACCUUCAAUGCAAUCAAUCAUUUUGAUACAAAUAAUUACAUAACCUCCUUGGCGGAGGUAAAUAUGGUGAUGCUGGGCUAAAAUAAGAGUUCUUUAUUAGCAUUUAUUGAUAAAUCCAAUAAUGAAGUAUAGGUUAUAACCUUGUUAGGUUAUCUACUUGAGGCAUAAGUAAGCAGCGGGGUCUGCUGGUAAUGAGUUGAGCCAACCUCACACAGAUGCACGGAUGAUAAAUGACUUUAAUCUCUGAAUUUUAUCCCCCUCCAUCAGCUGGCUCUGUAAUUUUUCUUUUAACGUACAGCAGUCCCAUUAUGCUGCAGUAACACUGGGUUCUCGAGCCAGUGUAGAACUGUUUCCCAGUUCUGAUGUUGUUGAAUGAAAUGGUAUUACGAAAGGAUUGCUGCAUAUACAAUCUACUCUGACAAGUUUAGGUUUUAUGUGUUUGGUGUAUAAAUUCUUUCAACAGCCAUAUUAAAAUGUAACAUUACAGCGGGGAUGAAAAAACAAUUUAGGAUUUUGCAAAUUAAGACUGUUUAACACGAGGCUUCUGAGGGAAACUAAAUUAAACGCUCUGUAGAAAAUUUAAAGGCCUGGAGUUUCAGUACUCUAAUAAAUCUCAGAAAAUACUGGAGAAAAAAAAUCUCAAAGCCCAAGGUGAUGUCCUGAAAUACCUCAUUUGUUAGACCAAUACUCUAAAAGACUCAGAUAUAGUCAUUUACAAGAGCAUAAUACAGGAAAAACAGCAUCGUAUAUAAACUGGAGCAAACAGUAUUUUUCUGCUUCUUACCAACUUGAUUAAUGUGAAUUAUUAGAUUAGCUGUUCAGGGAAUGAUCUUUUCAAUACUUUCUGGUACACAACUAAAAGCAAUGAUUAGAUUUGUUUUCCUUGUCAAAGCUGCUCAUGGCUAAAGUAGGUUUUAUGAAAUGCAGAGUUUAGCAAUUGUGACAGCCUCUCACUCUCACCACAUCUGGUUGUUGUAAAUGACUCACUGGUAUCACAUUUAAAAGCACUGGGUAGGGCUUAAGUGUAGAUGAUGUUCUUAAGAGAGUGUAAAACAAGACAGCAACAUCCCCAAUGAGACAUGAACACAAAAAACUUUUUGCUCUUAAAAAACAAAAGAAAAAAAAACCCUAAUAAGAUGCAACUGACAGCGCAGGAAAAAAGAAGCGGACAUAUACUUGGAAUUUUGAUCAGGAUUGGAAAACAACCUGUUCAAUUAUUCUACAACGGGCCUAAGUGAUACACAGCAAGGGGCGGAUGUGGCUCAGGUGGUAGAGCAAGUCAUCUGCCACUUGAAAGAUCGGUGGAUCGAUGCUUGACACCUAUGCGCGUGAAUGAGAGUUGCAGUAAAAAAGUGCUUUAAAUGCUCAACUGAGUAAAAAGGUGCUAUAUAAAUACCAAUCCAUUUAAUUGAGUAGUUUAGUAGCUACUUUGACACAAUUUUCCCGAGAUGGUAUUGUAGCUCUAAAGGGCAAUUUUAAUGAGCCUUGUGUUAUUAUAAAUGGUCUAUAGGUAUAAUUAUAUGAAACUUACCUCUAUCAUUGUCAUCUGCCUGUUUAAAAAUAUGUGAUGGCAAGGCCAGCUUUCAAGCUUCUGCCCCACAGUCGGUCUCCUCUGGUCAUUUUGAUGUGUAGCUCUGGAAGGCUGUGUUUGAAAUGCGUUUCCUCCUUGUCUUCACGCUGUGCUGGCAUACUGCGUGUGUGUGGUUGGUGCCUACUUGGUAAAAAACUAUUGGUUGUUGUGACAGUCUUUCCACAGGUGACAUUUUAGGAGAGAGACCUUUAUGGACAUUGUUGGAUUUUGUUCAGUCUUGACCUUUGAGGCAGUUCUGUUAUUAGAAAUGGUCACCAAAAUGGUCUCUAAGGUUACAAAAAUCUUUACAUCUCAGUCCUAGCAUUCAUAAUAAGACCCAUCUAUUCCCCGGGCUCAUGACUUCUCACUUAUUUCAUUCUGAGUUUCUACGUGGGGUAAAAUCAACUUACAUAUGAAUUUAAAAUGACAAUCUGGAUCAAAAGCUGGAAAGCUGUUCGUGUUUAUUACAGAGCUGCAAUUAUAAAAGUAAGCCAUAGUAAGAAUAUCUCUGUGCACUGAAUUUUGUUUCUUCACUUAAAGUUUGAGAGAAAGCCAUUUAAAUUCAAAAGUACAGUAAGCGAGCACCACGGAGUAUGAUUUAUGCCAGUUUUUGUUGCAGAUGAGUGAAAAUCUGUGACUGCUAAAAUUACUAUUAUCAUUCCUGGGAAUGAUUGACAACACAAAGGCUCACUGACAGGCAAGCAGCUGGAAAUCCGGAGUUUCCAUGGAAAUUGGACAACCUGUCAGACACACCGUCUCCAAACAGCGUUCGUGUGCUUGUGUGUAAAUCAUUAAAUUUAGCAGGCUGCCACAUGGGGCCAAUGUCGACGCUGUUCCACUUCUAAAGACAAUGAGCAGAUGGGUGUGCGCUCACUGGUGAAUACCGACUCUGCUCGUCUUUUGAACAACCUGUGUGACAUAUUCAGAGCACCGUGCCCGACUCUUCAGCCUGAAAUCUCUCUGCCUUUUUGGAGAUGGCUGCUCCAAUAUUGUCCUGUCACUGGUUUCUCCCCACCAAGUGAGGUGUGAAGGCAGAUAGACACUGAUCUUUAUUAGCAUUGGGGAAAUCAUAGUGGCAGCAGAGUCAAGCGCCACGCUCAAAGGCUGACUAUAUUCAAUUGCACAGAGGACGUGGAGUCCAUGUUGAAGUGGAUUUAAGAUCAAAUGCAUCCAUCUGAGAUACAGUUGCUUUAUUUUGGCAAACGGGGACAUCUCGGGUCUGCUCUGCCACCCUGGUAUAUGCUGAUUGUAAAUGGAGACUUGGGCCCAGUUGCUUUUCUUUUGAAACACAAUACUGAGUGAAAGAACUGCAUUUGAAAACCUCCCCGGUUGUUUGAAAUGUUUCCAGUAAAGGGAAAAAAAGAAAGACAGAGCAGGGUUGCAAGUCAACUCAAGCAGCACUGAUUUCAAGGAUGUAUUUGUGGCAUAAAUAUGCUUAGAUUAUCAGCUCUGCCAGGCAUACCUUCAAGGUUUGGAACAGUAAAAGCAGAUCGGGUGCCUUUAAAUAGUAUUACUCUGUAACACCAUUUAAGAGUAAUUAAGGAAGCUCAAUAUCUUCUCAAAAAAAAGAACCAAAUCAGGCAGUUAAAGAUGUAAAUUUAUUCCUUUGAUUCAGUGUUUCAUGUUUAAUCAGGGCAUCAAAAUCCUCCAGUUCAGGAUAUAAAAAUGUUCCUGUGCUCUCUGACGGCGGAGCAGGAGGAAUACGAUUACAGGAACUAGAAAAUAUGGAAGGAAAAGGAAAUAAGAAGAAGUAAGUGUUGCAUAAAUAAUGUAUAAGAAAAGGUACAAUGUGGCUGACGCAGCAGCUGCAUUCCAAAACAUAUGGUUUCAUUUCCAACUCCAUCUAUUUUCUACUUUAGCUGCAAGGAAGAGUGGCAGCGGACACGCAAUGGGUGGGUUUAAUCCAUAUGCUCCGAGCAUCACUCACCUCCCUCCAACAAUAAGCCUAAUGUAGAGUGGUUAUACAAGACCAGAUGGGGAGAGAGUACUUCUAUGCUGAGGCGUGUUUUCCUCUUUUUACCCCGUGUGGGACGGCCGGUGGCUUACUAGGUUAUCACUCACUUAUCGCUGCCCUAGCACGGGACGCAGAAUGGCUGGGGAAAUGGCUGUCCAUCACCCAGAAUACAAUCAGCAGAGUACAAGGCUGGGGAGCUAAUGGAUGUUUCCACAGGGAGGGCAAUUUAGCGAAUGGGGAAAGUGGAUGGGUCCAUCACGAGAGAUGGGAUUAUGUGCGAUUGUUAUCCUUCACAAGUGUGAUAUGACGGUCAAAGGGUGUAAUGUAUCUGGACAGGGGAGACAUUAAAUACUGAUCUCUCUACAGCCCACUCACAGCCAAUCAGCCAGCCCUCGUUUCACAAUUUCUUUUUCUGACCGAGCAGACAUUCUGAGUAGCACUUAAACAAAAAGGCUGCUGCUAAAAUAUGCAGAGCAACACGCUCCCAAAAAUAAAUUAAAUUCUUAUCUGCAGACUCAGUUUAGUGCAUUUUUAACCAAAAACAGUGCAGUUGUGGAAUGGCUCGACAAAAACAGAACAUCUGACACACACACACACACAAAGAAAAAUAAAUGUUCAAGUCUUUGCAAAACAAAACCCAUAAAAUUAUUGUAAAAUGGCUGUGUGAUGCAGUUGUCCUUUUUUUUAUAUAAAACAUUUAACAAAGAGCACAAAUGUUUACAUCUAUGAGCUGGGGUCAUUUCAAAGUAAAAGAGAAAAAAAAAGGCACCAAAAAUAUCAGAGUUUCCAAACAAGCAGCAGAUGUCA